GACACGCACAGUUUCUUUCUUUCUUACAAAGGCAUGUUAAACGCUUGACUUUUCCUACUAUGCUGCCUCUAGUGCUGUCUCUCUCUCAUUCGGUCAUUCCUCUGCACUUCUCUUUUCAAGUUUCUUCUGAGAGUUUUUGUAGAGAGAGAGAUGGGGGUCACAGUGAAAGGAGAAGGGAAGGGUGUGAUGAAAUCCAAAAUGAAGUGUGUGGGUUUGAUUGGGCUCGUUCUAUCGGCAUUUUCUCUGUUUGUGCACUUUUUGCUUGCGAGAUACACUGAUGAGGGCAUUGUGGAGUAUCAAUCUUCAAUCACAAUCUUCUCCUGGAGACCAACCCUUGAAUCUUAUGACUUGGCAAGAACUAAUCCAUUGUAUAGACGAUUAUGGGGCCCAGUGAAGCAUCUUGAACCUUUACUUCCAGAUGCAAAUCCCAGAACAUACUAUCCUGAUCCCAGUUCACAAACAACUGGGUUUAUCUUUGUCAGGAUACAAGGAGGUUUCCAUGAGAUCAGGAACGCUAUAAGUGAUGUUGUUGCGGUUUCUCGUUUUCUAAAUGCAACCUUAGUUAUUCCUGAGAUUCUAUCGACUACUAGCAGCAAAGGAAUAAGCUCGCAAUUCAAGAGUUUUGCCUAUCUCUAUGACAUGGACCAAUUCAUGAUGGCACUAGAAAAAGAUGUCAAGAUGGUAAAAACCCUUCCAAAAAACCUUAAAGGUGCAAGGAGAAAGAAGGAGAUCCCAGUUUUUAGAGUUCCGUACUCCGCUUCACCUUAUUAUUAUUUGCACCAUGUUCUGCCAGUAUUGAACAAGCAUUCAGUUGUUGAACUAGUUGUUUCGGAUGGUGGAUGCUUGCAGGCCACCCUUCCUCCUCAUUUUGAGGAGUACCAAAGGCUAAGAUGUAGGGUUGCUUUCCACGCCUUACAGUUACGACCGGAGGUCCAGGAACUUGCUCAGAGAGUCCUUCAGAGAUUACGAUCUCCUGGCCGCCCAUAUAUAGCUUUUGAUCCUGGGAUGGCUCGAGAUGCUUUGGCAUAUUAUGGUUGUGCUGAACUUUUUCAGGAUGUGCACACUGAACUCAUUCAGCACAAGCGAUCUUGGAUGAUAAAACGUGGCAUUGUAAAGGGAAAGCUAUAUGUCAAUUCAGAGGAACAACGCCUUAAUGGCUCUUGUCCAUUAAUGCCGGAAGAGGUUGGAAUUAUUCUUCGUGCAUAUGGAUACUCAAGGGACGCAAUAAUAUAUGUAUCUGGUGGCGAAGUUUUUGGCGGCCAAAGAACACUAAUUCCUCUUCGUUCGAUGUUUGAGAAUGUUAUUGAUAGAUCUUCUCUCACCAUGGGUUGGGAGCUCAGUAGAAUUUAUGGUCGUGAGGCUAACCUUGAAAGCUAUCCAAAAACCCCUCCUUCUGUUGUGGAAGAUAAGAAGGCUGUAGAAUGGAAAUUUGCAGGUCCACGGCCUCGCCCCCUUCCACCGCCUCCUGCACGUCCCAAAACAUACAACAUUGAAGGUUGGUGGGGUUGGGUUGCAGAGAGUGACAAUGAGCCUGAUAGUACAGUGUUUGAGUUGAGGACUAACGCCCAUAAAUUACUAUGGGAAGCAAUUGAUUAUGUAGUCUGUGUUGAAGCCGAUGUAUUCAUCCCUGGAUUUGACCGUGAUGGCAAGGGACAUCCAAAUUUUGCAAGUUUGGUAAUGGGGCACAGGCUUUAUGAGUCGGCUGCAUCUAAAACAUACAGACUAAACAGUCACUACAGGAAAGAGCUGGCAAAUCUUUUAGAAAAAAAUCGUGACGACUUGUACCAUGCAAACCAUACAUGGUUGACCUCAAUACGUCGGCAUCUGACAAGAAGUUUAGUUAAUGGAUUAACAGAAGCAUCCGGUGAAUCAAAGCCAUUAUCUUUUCUCUCACACCCAGUCCCUGAAUGUUCCUGCUUGAGGCGUGUUUCUGAUGAAAUGUCAUUUAAUUCUUCAAGUCUGACUCACAUGCAAGUUCAGGCUGCCCUUGGGGUUAGGAACCAUUGCCCUGCUUGGAUGGACCGUGGAUUGAACUCACGCUCAAAAGACAAGGAGACUGAAGAGGAUCUCGAUGAAGAUGAUUCAUUAUCAUCCGGGUUAUUCUUUAAGCCUAAUCAUGAAAGCAUAGGUGAAGAAAUGAAUAAAGAGGAAGCUCAUCUGGAUGACCAAGAUGAAGAGGGUGGAGAAUGAUAUGGAAAUAAGCUUUAUUGGACUCGAUUACUGGACUUUAGGAGCUGUAUAUAAUCAUUGGUUGAUUCUCAGAAAGGUCAAGAACGGCUUGGCUUUCUGUUUCAAUCUGAGCCUAUGUGACGUAGGGGAGAACGAAGAUUCACCAUAGUAAGUUGGCUCACAUCAGUAGGAAUUCAUCAGUUCGGGCACGAGGGCACUUCCAUAUUACUGCUGGGCUAUAUCAAUUAGUUAAAGCUUUGCCCUUUUGGGGGGAAAAGAAGACAGUCUGGUAUUUAUCUCAACCCCAAAAUCAAUUUUGAUCUUCACUAGCUUGCUUUCCAUUGUCUUUGAGUUCAUUUUAAGUAGAGGAAAACACCUGCAGUUGAUGUAAGAUAUGUAAAAAGCCAGAGUGGGUAGUAGAUAAGUAUUAACCUUUUGAUUGAAUGUAUGGAUUCUUUUUGUGCUUGGUUUGUGAUGGUUUGCUUAAACAUCACAAUCAAAGCACUCUAAUGGAAUUUUGUAUUUUCUUUC